UCGCAACUGUACCAUGACUGUCGCGGUCUCCGAGGACCCACCGUUUAUAAUAUCCGAGAGCAACCAAAAUUUUCAAUUCCUCGAUACCAUAGAGGGCUUGGAACAGCACCUUCUGUCGAACAUCGGUAGACUAGUAAAUAUUUCUAUCGACUACAUAAUGGUGCCGCCUCACGUUAGAUACGGGUUCGUCCUUGAGGACGGAUCCUACACCGGGUCGCUGGUUUACUUACAGAAUAAAACGGCUGAAAUUGUCGCUGGUGCUUUCAUCUUGAUCAAGAACAGAGCUGAGGUCCUCGACUUCAUUACCGGGUACAACUUUCCCACUAUCAAAGUGUACACGUCCGCUCAUAAGGAGGGAACCUGGAAGUCUGUCUACAAGCCCUUCGGACAGACCACCUGGGCCCUUAUCAUAUUGUCGUACAUAGUUUUCUCUACAGUUAUUAUAGUUCUCUCCUACUUGAUCACCGGGAAUAAUGAUUACAUGAAAACAUUGCUCCGCGUUCUCGGAUACUUCUAUGGGAACGUGGAUAAUAAUUUGAUUCGUGUGACCAAAUUGAGAAGGUUCAUAAUCAUUUGGAUCAUAUUUGCGCUUCUCACCUGCGCAUUCUACAACACUGCGUUAUACAGUGUCAUUACCGGUAAGAAGACGAACAUCACACCCGUCAUCGACAAGCAGUACAUCUCUUUUCUCACGCCGUGUAUCACGGAGACCAUAUUGACGUUCUUUAAGUACACCUACAAUGAAACUCUCGUCACGGAUGAUUCCCCAAACUGCAGGUACAUCGAAACCGCGUUGGAUACUGUCGCCAAAUCCAGCAACCUAUACACUAUCUACUUGGACUACAGUUACAAGUUCGGGGAAUAUAAAUACAUAGACAAGGAUGGAAACCAGAAGCUCGACACUUGGGACUACUCCUCUCAUUAUAUGCUCGCGAUGUACGCGUCCAAGGGGUUUCCUCUCUUUGAUGUCUUCUGUGAGUAUGUCCAACGGUUUUUUGAGUCUGGACUCACGGAGAAACAUCUGAACGAUAUCUACUUCAAGAGUCAGUUGUUGAAAGUGAAUCCUGUCCGAAAAUUUGUGGCGGUGACUUUAUCCGACUGCAGAAUCCACUUUGGUGUGCUGCUUUUUGGAGUCGUGCUAUCAGUUAUGUGUUUUGUUAUAGAACUCAAUAAGAAGCAAAUAAAUUAUGCAACAUAA